CUUUCAUCAACCCACCUAGCUAGUGGCUACUAAAUUUCUAAAGAAGCACAUGGAGGCGAUUCAAUCCUGGGUUUCAAAGCACAAGCUAGUAACAAUUGGGGGACUGUGGGCCUCUGGAAUUGGGGCAUCCCUUGUGGCCUAUUCACGUACAACCUCUCCAAUCAAGCCUAGUCUUAGGCUUAUUCAUGCAAGGUUGCAUGCCCAAGCCUUGACACUGGCAGUCUUGUCUGCUGCCGCGGCUUAUCAGUACCACGAGAAUCGGGCUGCUCAGCCCAAACCGAAGGCCCAGAGUCCUGCUCCGAGUGUGGCCCACCUUCUUGAAAGGGAGCUCCUAAGUCCUUUCUAAUGCAUAUUUAUUUAUGCAUUAUUAUUUCACCUAAAUGAGGAGAGGGUCCUCUUCCUCUACCAUCAAACUUUAUGUAAUCUUUUUUUAAUUAUUAUAUUUAUGAGAACCAAGGGGGGAAAUAGAUUGAUCCAUGUUCUAAGAGAGAUCACCAUCCUGCGAGAGCUAUGUUUUAGUUUCAUAAACACUGGAUCUUCUUGAAAAGAGUUGGUGAUUGAAUUGUGUAAAGCCCAUGUUAAAAGACAAGUACUACUUCUAUCUUUAUUUGUUUUUAA